CGGCCACUGGUUCUUCGCUUCUGUGGGUGUCUCUGCAAAAUGCUAUCCGCACUACAGUCUCCUCGCUCCCUCUCUCGCUUCCCGCUCUUCCAUUCUUCAAAGCCCUUCCUCUUCCAUUCUUCUUCUCAUGCUCUCUCCUAUGCUUCCCGCACCGACCAAUCCACCACCACCACGUCUUCUUCGACCUCCUCACCCCCACAAUCCCAAAUACUCACCACGCGCCACUCCCUCCUCUCCCGCCAGCUCACCGCCACCGAGGUCGCUGAGUCAUAUCUAGCUCGCCUCCGACUCACUGAGCCCCAACUCAAUUCCUUCCUCCACGUGUCCGAUUCGGUUCUCCGAGAAGCUCAGGACUUGGAUAGGAGAAUCGCGAACAAUGAGGAAGUUGGCCCCUUGGCUGGAGUGCUUGUCGGGGUUAAGGAUAAUCUUUGUACGUCGGAUUUGCCUUCCACUGGUGGGUCCCGCAUUCUCGAGGGGUACCAGCCACCGUUCGAUGCUACGGCGGUGAAGAGAGUGAAGGAGCUGGGAGGGAUUGUCGUCGGAAAAACCAAUAUGGAUGAGUUCGGUAUGGGCAGCACCACCGAAGGCUCUGCGUUUCAGGUGACUGCCAACCCAUGGGAUAUCUCUAGGGUGCCGGGAGGAUCAUCCGGAGGCUCAGCAGCUGCUGUUUCUGCCAGGCAGUGCAUGGUAUCACUGGGAAGUGAUACCGGUGGAAGUGUGAGGCAGCCAGCAUCAUUUUGUGGAGUUGUAGGAUUGAAGCCAACAUAUGGACGUGUCUCACGAUUUGGACUUAUGGCAUAUGCAUCAUCACUUGAUGUGGUUGGCUGCUUUGGUUCCUCAGUUGCGGAUGCUGGGAUUCUCCUUCAUGCAAUUUCUGGUCAUGAUCGGUUUGAUGCUACUACAAGUAAGCAAGAUGUACCCGAUUUUGCAUCUCAUUUUGCCCCAGCAAGUUCCUUGGAAAGUAAGCCCUUGAAGGGACUGAGAAUUGGACUGAUACGUGAAACUGUUGAAGACGGGGUUGAGAGUGGAGUAGUUUCUGCAAUUCGUGCUGCUGCUUUGCAUUUUGAGGAAUUAGGAUGCUCUGUUAAUGAGGUCUCACUGCCAUCCUUUUCCCUUGGGUUGGCAGCCUACUACAUCCUUGCCUCAUCAGAAUCUUCUUCCAACUUGUCUCGCUAUGAUGGUAUUAGAUAUGGAAAACAAGUUUUUGCUGAUGAGCUGAGCUCUCUUUAUGGAGAUUCCCGUGCUGAAGGUUUUGGUUCUGAGGUCAAAAUGAGAAUUUUGAUGGGAACAUAUGCCCUUUCAGCUGGAUAUUAUGAUGCAUAUUACAAGCGUGCACAGCAGGUCAGGACCAUAAUUAGGAAUAGCUUCAAGGAGGCAUUAAACCAAAAUGAUGUCUUAAUUUCACCUGCAGCUCCGUCACCUGCUUAUAAGAUUGGGGAAAAGAAAAAUGAUCCUUUGGCAAUGUAUGCUGGUGACAUAAUGACUGUAAAUGUUAACCUAGCUGGACUACCGGCCCUGGUUUUGCCAUGUGGAUUUGUUGAGGGGGGAAGUGCAGGCCUUCCUGUUGGUCUGCAAAUGAUAGGAUCGGCAUUUUGUGAGGGAGAGCUGCUGAGAGUGGGACACAUCUUUGAGCAAACUCUUGAAAAUUGUAACUUUGUUCCACCAAUCGUAGCUGAUAACUCUGCAUAACGGAGUACAAAAGAUCAUUGUACUUUUGACAAUCUUGAAUUAUUUCAUUGAUUUCUAGACAAAGCAGCGGCUUCCAGAGAUUUUUCCAUACUGGUGAACAUGAAAUUAUAAAUCUUGAGGAAGAACUGGUUCGAACACGAUACCAGAUGUUUCUGUCACAUGACUGGAAAUGGAUGAUUGAGUGCUGGAAUGACUGAACAGUUGAAUUGGAUUUGUUAAUUGUCCACGACAUUCUGAGAAGUUAUUUGACUAGAGCAGGAGGUUCCGCUUGCAUUGUCUGUAUUUGGUAAGCAGUAUUUCAUUUAAUAUUUUGGUUGGAUCAGUUGGAUUCUUAUGUAUUUAAUGAUAAAGUGUACUCCCUGCGUUUCUCAUUUUAAGAUUCAAUUUUUUGAAUAGGUUUGGCCCUUUUUA